AUGAACGCGGCCCGCAAUCGUGUCGGCUUCGCCGAACUAACGGUGGGAAAGGAAGAAGGCGAAAAACUCCCAAUAGAUGCAGCUUCCUCCGUCAGAGAUGGAACCGUAGACGCGUACGUGGGGUCAGUGUGCACGGCACUGAAAGGAGAUGAAGUGUCUGCUCAAGGAUCAGCCACACUGGCUGGCACCUACGCUUACGCGGUUCAAGAAGGAGCUAGUGCUGACUGCGAAGCCGCAGUGGAACACUGGAAGGCAGCUUUCUCCAACUUCAACGGCCUCCCUCCGCGCCUCCCUCCGCAAUACACAGAAGACACAGAGCCGUAUGACAACCCACAAAAUAUUUCCUUCAUUUCCCUCUUCAACCCGAGUGAAAAUCCCAAAGUGGACUGCGCAUACUUCACCUGCCCAGCAAAAAAGGCCGGCAAGCAGCAGCAAGACGUUGUUCCCCCCUUAAAGGAACCGGAAGAAGUGGAAGAGGAUGAUCCCGAAAGUAGUAACGAUGUGGAGAGUCCAAAUCCGGGCGGCGGGAGUGAGAGCAUCACAGACAAAGAGGUGAAAGCUCUUGUUUGCGUCACCACCCCAGACGCCUUGAAGAAAGAAUCCGCCCCAUACACGCAAGCCCAGUGGGAUCAGAUCACCGCUGGCCUCAACAAAAACGCUGCACCAGCAUUGCCUACGUUCCUUGGCUUUGCUGCCACAGCAGCUGGCAUUCUUUUCCUCUGA